GGGACAUCCCAGAGUUUAUAGGGUCUCUUAUAGUUGAUGAAGUUCAGGUGGGUUACUGUGACAGCAACAUCAGGAGGCCUGAACUCAGACAGGACUGGAUGAGAACGUUCAUAAAAGACGACCCACAACACCUGGAGUGAUGUCCACAUCCUACAGCAAAUGAGUGGCUGUGAAUGGGAUGAUGAAACUGGGGAAUCCAGAGGUUUUCAUCAAUAUGGAUACGAUGGUGAAGACUUCAUAGCACUGGACCUGCAGACGCUGACAUGGAUCGCUCCAAAACCACAGGGGUUCAUCACCAAACUGAGAUGGGACACAGACAAAGCGAGACUAGAUGGCAAUAAAUACUUCAUCCACUUGUACCCUGACUGGCUGAAGAAGUAUGUGCAGUACGCGAGGAGUUUUCUGCAGAGAACAGUGAAACACUCCUUGAUGUUUUCCCUCACUACAUCUUCUGGAGUCCCAGACUUCCCAGAGUAUAUGGGUUCUGCACUGGUUGAUGAAGUUCAGGUGGGUUAUUUUGACAGCAACAUCAGGACGGCUGAACCCAAAGUGGAUUGGAUGAGAAAGUUGAUGAAGGAUGACCCACAACACCUGGAGUGGUACGUUAACAAAUGCAUCGAACACCAGCACUUCUUCAAAGCCACCAUUGACAGCUUGAUGAAACGCUUAAACCAAACCGAAGGUGCUCACAUCCUACAGCAAAUAAGUGGCUGUGAAUGGGACGAAGAAAAUGGAGACAUCAAGGGUUUUCAGCAAUAUGGAUUUAAUGGUGAAGACUUCAUAGCGCUGGACCUGAAGACGCUGACAUGGGUCGCUCCAAAUCCCCUGGCGUUCAUCACCAAACUGAAAUGGGACACAGAGACAGCUAGACUGGAGUACAAUAAGUACUACUACAUCCACGUGUACUCUGACUGGCUGAAGAAGUAUGUGAACUACUCAAGGAGUUUUCUGAAGAGAACAGGUCUUCCCUCAGUGUCUCUCCUCCAGAAGACUCCUUCCUCUCAGGUCACCUGCCACGCUACAGGUUUCUACCCCGACAGAGCCGACUUGUUCUGGAGGAAAGAUGGAGAGGAGCUUCAUGAGGACGUGGACAAAGUAGAGAUCCUCCCCAACCAUGAUGGAACCUUCCAGAUGAGUGUUGACCUGAACAUCUCAUCAAUCGCUCCUGAAGACUGGAAGAAGUACGACUGUGUGUUUCAGCUGUCUGGUGUCAAAGACGUCAUCAUCACCAAACUGGACAAAUCAGUGAUCAGGACUAACUGGGUUUCUCCAUCAGGGUUUCCUGCUGGUGCUGUCAUUGGAGUAGUUGUAGGUCUGCUGCUGCUGUUGCUCUGCAUCACUGGACUCUUCAUCUGGAGGAAGAAGACUAACGGGUUCAGACCUGCUAACAGAAAGAUUUUCUGAUAUUUACUGUAGACUGAUCUUUACAGCCUUGUCUAUUGGGUUUCGAACUCAAGCUUUUUUUUGUUUGUUUUUUUGUUUUUCCAGUUUAAUUUUCUGUCCAGUAUUGUGCACAAAAUAUAGACAAUUUAAAUAUUUAGUUUUUUUUCCAUCAUGCAAAACCAUCUGAUUGGUUCUGAGUCUAACCACAGACACAAGUUUAAAGACAACAAUUUUAUAUGAUUAUUCUCAUAGUUUGAACACAUAAUGUAUGUCUAUAAUAGACUGAUUCUUCUGCUCAAGUAUAAAUAUCUAUGAAAUAUGUUUUACAGAUUAUAAACUAUGUGUAUUUCUUUGCCUUCACUGUCCAAACACACAUUGGUAUCAUAGCAGCUGCUGUUGUAUUUGUGGUAUUUUUGUGUCUUUUUCUUUCUCCUUUAUGUCUCCUGCUCAGUUUUCUGCUGUGGGUGUUUCAUCCCUCUGACUGCUGCCUUCUCACCUGCUCUGCCUCUAAUAUCAAACACCUGAAGCUGAUCCAUGAACCUCCUUCCACAGUAGAAACACACCAGUUCUCUGAUCACUCUUCAGCAGAUUAUCUUUCUACUUCUUGUUGUCAAGCUUUCCAGCCAUUCCCAAGUUUGCUCUGAUUGUGUCUUCAUGUUUUACACGUGUGGAAUCCUAAGGCCAGUAACCUCCUAAAUCAAUCAAAUAAAUUAAUUAACUAUCAGAGAAUUACUGGACCAGCUCUCCAUCUAACGGGUCCGGUUCCCGUAGCCCAUAUGAUACAACCCAGAUGGGAUCUGAGGAACGUUUAAGCUGGUAAGUGAGAAAAUUGGCCUAGCUUCUAACUGCCUCCAUCCAGACGCCUAUCCUGCUUCCUCUGAUAACUAACUCAACUGAGUAGCCACUUUCGAAUGGUCAAAUUAAUUACCAGUCACGUCUGUUAACGGCAGCUUUUCUCUCAUCGGAUUCUGCACUUGGUAAGUUGCUAGGUUUAAAUUUAGAGGUUAAGGAAUGGAUAACCCCAAGGAUAAGUUUAAAAAAGGCCACCCUCGGCCCCAACGACUAGGUAACCUGACAGAACCAGUUUUAGAUGUAAUGCACACAGUAACCUGACUUUUUACAAACUGAGAAGAUAUAUGUGGUUAAUUCAUCAUCAUGAUAAAAAUAAAUAGAAUUUCCAAUCUGUUAACUUUAAUUGCAGGAUAAAUGCUUUAUUAUAAAAUUUCAGCAGGGAAAUAGCAAUAGCCCAUAAAUCAUCAGACAACCAAUUAAACAUUAAUUCUUAUAACAAUCCUCUAAUAUGACUCCUAACUGGAACUAUGCCUUUAUCUAAGAAGAGCAAUAAUCACCCAAACUAUGUAAUUUGGAGGGGGAGAGCAGACGGUGUGAUCAGAACCGGCUGCUCACCUGAAGACCGACGCCCCGCUGGGGCUCUGCUCCAGGGAGGAGGUGGAGAGAGAGUUCAGUCCAGAUUUAGAUCUGCUUGUAUCCACUUUUGUUGUUUGGGCCAGUUAAAACUUUGUUAAUCCAUUCUGGUGUUAAUCCUUUGGAAAUAGUAGAGUUCAGUAAUGUUCCUUCAGUCAGCGUUAUUUUUAGAUCACAGUCUUUCGUAAUCCUCAAACAGUGCAGAAAGAGCACUCCUUCAGUCCAUAAUUCCAAUAGAACAGUUAUUCCUUUGCAGAUCAUGUUGAAUCCCCCGUCCGAGUUACGUGGUAAAAUCCCCUUUGCUCAGAGCAUUUCUACCCUGGCUUGCAACGAGUGACCACCUCGCAACGACUCCCAACUCGUGUCUCGAUCCAGUGCAAUUUAUACAACAACUGAACCUGUUGCAUAUGCAAUGACUGCACCCUUAAUUAACAUACGUGAUGACAGCAUCCAUCCCCCUCCUUACUCGUGCACUGCUCCCAUCCACUGACCUCAUGGUCUCUGCGUGCUCUGGAGGAACCAAAACCUUGGACUGUUUGGACCUUCCACUCAGUCUCACUUCUCUAUUAAUGUAUUUGUUCCACCUGCAGCUCAGAGCAGGCCUCCGGUCAGGAAACAGAUGUCAGACUCACAAAAAUCCUUGACGUCUAUUUUGAGCUUAAUAACCUUUACUGUGAACACUUGACCCCAGUUCACCUUAGCUCUUGACUUCUCACUUCAUUACUAAGUUAAAAACCUCUUAGUUUAACAGUAAUCAAAACUCUUAAAAGCAUUAGUUCCUCAUAUUCGUCAUAUCUAUCAAAAACAUCAGUUUCCCUGGUAACCAAAACAUCACUUUUCACAGUGAGCUGCUGUUCUGACUUAGUUACUUCUUAAACAAAGAUUAUAAAAAUAGGUAUUUGUGUUAGCUUUAACACACUUAUUAGGUUAUAGCAUAAAUCAAUUAUAAAUCACAGGUUAUAAUAUCACAAUGUUCCCUUAUUUAGCUGUUAUUCUGCCAGAGUCUCCCCCUUGUGGCUGAUUCUGGGAUCUCAUACCUCCAUGUUUCUCAACACGCGUUUUUCACUCUGAGGGCAUUGGACAGCUCUGUUGGUGACAGACUGCUUCACUCCAGGUAUGUGAAGGUCACGGGUCCACAGGUCCUUCCUUCCUUCCUGCUGGUAUCAGGCUUUAUAAUCAGCACUGCUCCCAACAGACCACAGUUGCAAACAUCGUUAUGUGCAAAUACACCCAAGUGCAAUUCAUUUGUGUCUAUAUUCUUAAAUUUGUGUUGUUAGUAUUCUUGUGUUCUUUAGUUUUUCAUAUUUAUAUGUUGUAUGUACAGUGUAUAUAUCUUUUGUCUUUAAUUUAUAGUUAUUUUCUUGGUUUUUCUUACCGUCACUUUGCUGCUGGGACAAAUAAAUGAUACUCUAUUCUAUUCAAUAUAGGUUCCUUGUAUACAAAUUAGUUUCCUUGUGUUUUCUGCUUUAGUUAACUCCUUUUGUACAACUUUAGCCUAUUGUUUUUCACAAUGUUUACCUGCAUAUUAAGUGUUUAGAUGUUGGUUGUUUCUGGUUUUUGCCUUUUAUCUGCUUCCUGAGUUGGAUUUGUUUCCACACAGAUGGAUCACUUGUUCAUUUCCUUUGAUUUGCUUAAUAAAGACUUUUAUUUUUGA